ACUCAAAGAUUUCGUCUUGGGUGUCCACUUAGGCCUCAUUCCUGCAUUGCCAGUGAAGGCUGGAAUACCUAGCGACCUAUGUAGCAAGCGUCCGCUGCCAGGACCAAUGGAAGACCACCAAAGUCACCGCAAGUCCCUGGGAUUCUGCCAUCUCAUUGUGGCCACGAACCAUAAAAAGAUCCGCAGACAAACAAACAAAUUUACCACGACGCGACAUAAUGUGAGCUUUGCUCACCAAAGCUCUGGUGAGCAUCCUUCAUCCUCUGUAUACCCCCCACUUGCAAAGUAUCAAAACCUUCCAUUCUGCUUGGCGUCAAAUUACGGAACUCAGUUCUGCUUUUCGCCGCGGGAGAUGGACGCACAAUUUUAUCCUCAGGCACAGGGACUUCAGCAUCUGUCAAGAGCAGAUAGAUCCACACAGCGCCCUUACCUCAUCACUUUUUGAUGUCCUCACCCCCGUCCAACCCCUGUCGCCCCUCUUAGCUGCGCCCCCCCUCCAUCAAACUCUCGUCUCCUCCCCGCGCGAAAUGCCAGCGACAGAACAUGACUGGACUCGACCGGACGGGCAAAAGCAAAGCAAGGGCGGCGGGCCACAUAAAAGAAGAAGAAAAAACGGACACCUCUCUAAAGUCUCUACUGCACAUUCAGCCUCGAGAAGUACCGCUCCGUCCUAAUUGGUCCCUUCGCAAGAAAUUCGACGCUAUACGUUGACAGCGGCCUUUGCAUCGUGCCUUGCUGCGUCAAAGGACUGUAUUGGGCUGCAUGCUCCCCUUCAUGCGGUGUAUGUGUUACCUUGGCCAACUACUGAAGUUGCGCUCCUUUAUCCCACAGCACAACCAGCACAGCAUCGCGCGGCCCGGCGCUUCUUGCAACGUGCCGCACAUGCUGUUCCUUCAACUAGGUGCAUGUCAUGGAUUCAGCGCCGCUCCCAAUUCUCGUCAUCUAUCUCUUCUGUGGUGAUAGUCUUGGUAUCAGUUAUUAUUUAUUCACAGUCAAUGCAGCUUAUCAUAAAACGAUCGUCGCAGAGCUCUCAGAUCAUUUGCAUGGUCUGCUCAUAUGCCGUCUUGAUAGGUAUCUUGUCUCCAACCCACCCAUGAUGGCUCGGAUGCUUUGCUCCAGUUUCAUUGGUGGUAAUGGACGAGUAUAUGCCUGUCGUGCACUCCUCCUCGGUAUGUAAGUACAUGUACAACUCUCUUCUGCCGUCAGAUCCUUGCAUUUUGCAUCCAAGCCUACUCCACUGUCGGCCACGCAUGCAAAGCUCCGCAUACACACCCGCAUUCUCGC